AGCAGCAGCAGCCCCGGGAGCAGCAGCGGGACAAAGGGCCGAGGCGAAAGCGGAUCGGAACCUGGACUGGACCUGCUUGUCUUAAGGAACUCCUGAAGCGGAGUGAAGCAAUCGCGCCCGGAGGGAGGAUCGGGUGGGCGGAGGGAGGGAGAGAGUCGAAACUGGUUUCCAGUUUUGCAAACAAAGAGGAGGAGGAGAGUAAGGCGGAGUUCGGGAUUCCGGUUCUGGUUCGGCGGCGAGUUAUUGCCCGUGUGUGUGUGUGUAAGUGUGUAAGAAGAGGCCAGAUACAGAUCCCGUCGUACGUGGCGCAAGGAACGAGGAGCAGCGAUCCAUCAAACCAAAUAAUAAAGGACCCCCCCCCCCCCGCUUCCUUCCCUCGGUUCGGACUGCACGUGGCGCUAGUCCUUUUGAGGCUAGGUUCUGGGCAGACUAAGUUCGCAUCGAGCUCUCUCGCGCUCUCUCUCUGCCCGCCCCUCCCUCUCGGUUUUUGGUUCAGCCGAGUGGGGUGGGGAAGCCCAAUCCGGUGCUGGGGCUAGUUCUGUCCUCUGGAUCCAACCGGGGGUCCCCACCACGUGGCGUCGGGGAAGGAAAAGAAGACAAAAGGAAGACUCGCCAAGGCAGGAAGCGGAGUCAGCGAUUCCGUGUGCGUGCGGUUGAUCCGCGCUCUUUUCCUUCUUGCGCUCCGGUUCCGAUCCGGUUCGGAUGGCGGCUCCUUGCAGCCCAGAGAGCGGCCCCCCGGCGGCUGCGGGGACGGGGCCCCGGGUGUAUUUCCAAAGCCCCCCGGCUGGAGAACCGGCCGCAGAGGAAGAGGAGGGCCCGGUCCGGCGCCAGGGGCGGGUGACGGUGAAAUACGAUCGCAAAGAGCUCCGAAAGAGGCUCCACUUGGAAGAAUGGAUCUUGGAACAGCUGACGGUCCUCUAUGACUGCCAGGAAGAGGAGAUUCCGGAGUUAGAAAUAGAUGUUGACGAACUCCUGGACAUGGAGAGUGAUGAGUCUCGGAGCGCCCGAGUGAAGGAGCUCCUGGUUGACUGUUACAAGCCCACAGAGGUUUUCGUUGCCGACUUGUUAGACAAGAUCCGUGGGAUGCAGAAGCUCAGCACUCCACAAAAGAAGUGACUUGCCACUGGCAUGAUGAUCUCCCAUCGCUGCCCUCCUUCCUCUUUGGAGAGUUUGUCAUUGAGACUCUGGCUGCUGGCUGGGUUGAAGAGGGAGAAGGGAGCUUUUCAGGGGUCCAGUGGAGAACCAGCUACUGCCCUUAGGAGAGAGGGAAGACCUUCCCUUUUCGGUGGGAUUGCCUUGAUAAUCAAAACCAUCUGGACACCUUUU